AUGGAAGAUGCUUUAACGAAGCUCAACAGUAGUCUCAACGCAGCCAAUUGUCUGGCGACUGUAACGACCGCCGCGGCGCCGAAGCGGUACAAGAGGUCCGGCGUUAGAGAUGGCGGCGGGCCUCCAGGGAUGAGAUACCGUGGAGUACGGCGGCGUCCGUGGGGGCGAUUCGCGGCGGAGAUCAGAGACCCCCAGUCGAAAGAGAGGCGGUGGCUGGGCACCUUCGACACGGCGGAGGAGGCGGCCUGCGCCUACGACUGCGCUGCCCGGGCCAUGCGGGGUGUCAAGGCCAGAACCAAUUUCGUGUACCCGACACCUCCUCCUCCUCCUGCUCAUCUUCCUGCGGAUGAUAGCCUUCUUAUUAAUCCAUGCAGCAGCAAUUCUCUAAUUAACAUGCAGCAGCAGCUUCGUGACCACGCGAUGAUGAGUUGUCCGGUGGAAGAUCAGACAGCAUCGUCAUCGUCGAUGUCGUAUAGUUUAUUCACGCAGCAGCAGCAGCCCUUGUAUUCAAAAGUAUCAAUGGCGCCUAUGGAUUGCAGCAUGUGCAGUUAUUCUCGGAGCACUGCUUUCAUGGCGGACAUCCCAGCAGCUGCUUCUCCUUGCAGAACAAAUACCAAUAAUAAUGAUAACGAUAAUGAUAAUGAGGUUCUGAUGCAGAAAAGCAAGGAUUUAUACUCUACUGAUCAUUCAGGAUUAUUGGAUGAGGCUUUGAAAGGCUGGUUUUUCCCCAAAAAUAAUAAUAAUAAUAAUAAGAAUCAUGAUGAGCAUUUGGGGGUGGAAGAAGGCAACAUAUUUACGAUGAGUAGUGUUUUCGAUGAUGGGAAUGCCGAAAAUCCAACAUAUCAAGUGUAUAACAAUUUGGGUUUGUCUGAUGAGACUACUGAGAUACAGACACAGAUAGAGAUAGAGAAGGAGAGUGAGACAACAGCAUCAGCAGGGAUAGAGGCAGCGUGCAGCAUGAUGAUUAGCAGUAGCAACACUUGUAAUAAUCUAUUGGCUCCAUAUUAUUGA